AUGGCAGGUGUUUUUGUGGAGCUAGUGUGCACUCAGGGCACAAAGGGCUUAGAAGGGAGAUUGGGACUCAUCUCUGACCCCAGAUUGCAGAGAGCCACACGGGCCUGCAGUCACCUGGACAAUGCCUCACAGUUCUGGGCGUCAGUCCUCAAGACUCGCACUGUGGGGAGCGGGAAGGUGGAUGUGAACCGAAGAUUUUUCCCGAGGCUGGCCCUCCGGACAGACGCUGCCCGAGAAAGCCAGGGCUGCUCCCGGAGCACAGUGGCGGCAGUGGCUACACCCAAAGCGUCCCGGGCCACGGCCUGCCUGAAAGCUGAGGUUCGCCCCAAAGCCCUGCCUGCCUCUCCAAGAGCCCGGCAUCUAUUUGGAGGGGUCCGAGCAGGGGUCCAGGGCGCGUACGGGGUCGGGGUCGGGCGCCGAGUGGGAGGGGAUCCCAGCGUCCACGGCACAGCGGCGUCCACAGUCCCCGUCGGGGACCCCACCCCCGGGUCCUGGAGUAGGAAGAGAAGGGCGGGCCGGAUCGCCCUGGCUGACUCGCGCACCUGGGCGCCGAGUUCGCGCACCUGGAGAACAAGCGUAACAGCGCCUCCCUCUGUUGGGGAGCUGCUCUCAGCCUGCUUUCUCCCUGGUUUUGUCCCCCCAGAUGUGGAGGUGGAUGGGCAGAACUGGACCUUUGCUUUUGACUUCUCCUUCCUGAGCCAGCAAGAGGAUUUGGUGUGGGCUGAGCUCCGGCUGCAGCUGGCCAGUCCUGUGUACCUCCCCACCGAGGGCCUGCUCACCAUUCAGAUUUUCCACCAGCCCAAGCUGGACACAGAGCAGCACCCAGCCGCCUGCCCAGAGCGUCUUCGGAUGGAGCUGUUUGCUGCCACACCGUCCCAGGUUACCUUUUCCUCAGGCAGCAUGGUCCUAGAGGUGACCAGGCCACUAUCCAAAUGGUUGAAAGACCCCAAGGCACUGGAGGAGCAGAUGUCCAGUGUGGCCAGAGAGUGCUGGCAGCUCCCCCCCAGCCAGCCCGUCACAAUCACCGUCACCAACGUGCUUCUCAUGCUCUACUCCAACCUGUCCAGGGAGCAGAGGCGGCUGGGUGGUGCCACUUUGCUGUGGGAAGCCGAGAGCUCCUGGCGGGCCCAGGAGGGACAGCUGUUCCAGGAGAGGGCCAGGAGGCACCGGCGGCAUCACUCGCCAGACAGAAGCCGGCUGUGUCGCAAGGUCAAGUUCCAGGUUGACUUCAACCUGAUCGGAUGGGGCUCCUGGAUCAUCUACCCCAAGCAGUACAACGCCUAUCGCUGUGAGGGCGAGUGUCCCAACCCUGUGGGUGAGGAGUUCCACCCCACCAACCAUGCAUACAUCCAGAGUCUGCUGAAACGCUACCAGCCCCACCGAGUCCCUUCCACCUGCUGUGCGCCAGUGAAGACCAAGCCACUGAGCAUGCUGUAUGUAGACAACGGCAGGGUGCUCCUCGAGCACCACAAAGACAUGAUUGUGGAGGAGUGUGGCUGCCUCUGAUGGAUCCUGGAGGAAUGCCGGAUUUGCCUGCAAUCCACUAGUUUGGGAAGCUCUGGGGAGGCACGGUAGCAUCUAUCCAGAGAGAAGAACAGAGGGGAGAAGUGGCUCUGUGGGCCAGUGCCACAGAGGAAGGGCUGCCCAAUCUGCAGUGAAGGGCUCUGCUGGGCCACCUCGGGAAGAAGGGGCAGGAGGAAGCUUGUUGGGCCUGCCCAGCUCCCCCCUCACUGAAGACAGUGGUGAGCAAGAGCACAAGUGCAAGUUCUUUACCCGUGUUUUUUUUUAACCUUGAAAUUGUGUGCAAAAGUUGGGGCAUAUGUGCAUUUAUUUUUGAGGUGGGGCAAGGCCAUCUAUAGCUUUUGCGUAUUCUCAAAAGUGGUCUGUGACACACUGUCUCCUCCCCAAACUUAUGCGUCAUUUUAUGAGAUCACCCCGCCCCCCCCCACACCUUUCUUGCUGGCCAGUGGCAAUCUGUUCACCCAGCCCAGAGGCUUCCUGGAGGGGUCUCUGCUAAUGAACCGCAUAAAUAACAGUCACUGUCUAGUUCCCCCAGGGCAGCCAGUGCCUUUGACAGGAGAGGCAGGAACUUGCCCAAGAGGACUGGCCACACUGGGCUACAUUUGCUGGGGCCCUCAGAUGUCCCCAAGUCAGUCUGCUUGGCAGACACAACCUGAAUGAAUCUAUUAAAUGUGGUGACAAUUGACCUGAGUCUCAAUGUGUGCUAUUAAUGAGGGCUCCAAGGUGUCUAUCCAGCAGGGAUGAAGCCCUCAGGUAAGUAUUCACUGCUCGGCCUCCUCCAGAUGGCGAAUCCUAAUGUGUUUCUAUGAAAUAUCUCUUGUGGGGGCUGGGGAUGCAGCUCAGCUGUACAGUGCCUGACAAGGCCUGAGGUUCCAUUCCCAGCACUACAAAAAACAAGUCUGGGGCCGGGGA